GUGAUCGAUGAGAGCAGACAGCGCGCUCAGCGGCUACACGCGCGAGACCUGCCGUCGUGCGUUCUAAAUAAUGUACAUAAGUUACUGAUAUUAUUCGGGUGCGCGUAAAUGGCAAGCCGCUCAACUCGGAGCCGGUAAACCGAGCAGCGAGGGUCGACAUCUGUAAACCCCACGGCCACCGUCGGGUGAAUUACACGCUCUGUGCCUCUCACGCGGACCGAGGCGCGACGGCUCCGGUGGGGAUUUUGGAGCCCACGACGCACGCGACCGGAGCUUAUGAAAACACGCAAAGACAAAUACAAGCGGAAGGCGUGGACACCUGUUUUUUUUUUAGCCUAAAUGCAUUUUUCCGUGGCUGUCCAACUAUUUGUUUGUAGGUAGAAAGCCGUUAAAUGUUCUGUAAGAAGGUUUGUUAAAAAACGGAAUACUACCACAUCAGUCAGUUAACUAUCUGGGCUGAGCGGGUCGUUUUUUUAAUAUUUUAAAUAAGAUACUGCUGGACAUGGAGGUACAUUCCGGGUUUAUUUGAAGAUAUUAACAGGAAAACAGCUUUGCCAACCGGCUUGAACAAACCCCUGAUCUAGUGUGUGUUUACUUUGAGUCUGGACACAACUAGCUGGCUAUAAAGUAAAUGUAGGAUAUGGUGAAGAGGAAAGUGAGGAAAGUCCCUAUCAUCUCCCAGCGGUGGUCUCACCCUCCUGUGCUACUGUAAAGCACCGGAGUAAAGGAGACAGGAAGGCAGGGAGCGGAGGACGAGUGGGAGAGGGUCACAGGGACGGCCUUCAGUCACCUGCUCCACUGGAAGACGGGCCGGACGGGGCGAGUCGGUGACAGAAAGAGGGAGAGACGGGGACUGACGGAGGAGCAGAGGUUCGGAGGAGGAGGAGGAGGAGGUCAAGGAGGCGUGGGAAAGUCCAUUCCCCAUGGCUACUGACCCGGGAGAGCCCACAGGCACCGAGGACUCCUCAGAGAAACCUGAUGGACAGAGGGAGGAGGACGCCCCCGAGCAGGAGGGCGGGGAGGACCCACACAGGGAGAGGACCAACCGCAACCCCUCCGCCUUCCCCUCCUCCAACACCCGGGAGGGGGAAGCGCCGGGCGGAGAGGAUGGAAGAAUCCAAGGAGGAGGACAACCCAGCCGGGAGGGUGAGGAGAACCGGGCCAGGCCGAUUUCCUUCUCCGUGCCCUCCAUACCAGUGGAAACGGGCCAGAAACGACUGAGGGGGGAGAAGCGCUUCUUCAGGAAGAGCGUGGAGGUUUGUGAGGAGGACGAUGAGGGGGAGGUGACCCCGGAGGCGACCCACAGCGCCCCGCACCCGGAGCUGCGCUCCUCGGACUCGGUCUUCGCCAGCGGCGCCCAGCAGCAAGGGGCCGCUUCCCUCUCUGCCGCCAUGGGCCAUGACCCGACCUGCGCCGGCUCCGGCCAGGAGCCCGGCAAGGCCGUGCCUUCCGCCACACCCACCCAGAGGGGGAAGGAGAGGGAUCGUGAGCAGGAAGAGGAGGCGGAGAUGAAGGCCGUGGCCACUUCUCCUGGAGGCAGGUUCCUCAAGUUUGACAUUGAGCUGGGCCGAGGAGCCUUCAAGACUGUGUACAAAGGCCUGGACACAGAGACCUGGGUGGAGGUGGCUUGGUGUGAACUUCAGGACCGCAAGCUGACCAAGGCGGAGCAGCAACGCUUCAAGGAGGAGGCCGAGAUGCUGAAGGGGCUCCAGCACCCAAACAUCGUUCGCUUCUAUGACUCCUGGGAGUCCGUGCUGCGAGGCAAGAAGUGCAUCGUACUGGUCACUGAACUCAUGACUUCAGGAACACUCAAAACUUACCUGAAGCGCUUUAAAGUGAUGAAGCCCAAGGUUCUCAGGAGCUGGUGUCGGCAAAUUCUGAAGGGCCUUCACUUCCUUCACACCAGGACUCCUCCAAUAGUCCACAGGGACCUCAAAUGUGACAACAUCUUCAUAACAGGCCCCACGGGCUCGGUCAAGAUAGGGGACCUGGGACUGGCCACUCUUAUGCGAACCUCCUUUGCCAAGAGCGUCAUUGGAACCCCAGAGUUCAUGGCUCCAGAGAUGUAUGAGGAGCACUAUGAUGAGUCUGUGGACGUCUACGCCUUCGGGAUGUGCAUGCUGGAGAUGGCCACUUCAGAGUACCCCUACUCUGAGUGCCAAAAUGCGGCUCAGAUCUAUCGCAAAGUCACGAGCGGUAUAAAGCCAGCCAGCUUUGAUAAAGUGAAUGACCCAGAAAUCAAGGAGAUCAUCGAAUGCUGCAUUCGUCAGAACAAGAGUCAGAGACUCUCCGUCCGAGACCUCCUGAACCAUGCAUUCUUUGGGGAGGACACAGGGGUCCGGGUGGAGUUGGCAGAGGAGGACACAGGCACCCAGGACAGUCUGGCUCUCCGGAUUUGGGUUGAUGAGCCCAAGAAGCUGAAGGGGAAGCACAAAGACAACGAGGCCAUCGAGUUUAGCUACGACCUGGAGAAUGAUAGCGCUGAGGAAGUGGCUUUAGAGAUGGUGAAGUCAGGAUUCUUCCAUGAGAGUGAUGCUAAGGUGGUGGGAAAAUCCAUCCGAGACCGUGUUAAUCUUAUCAAAAAGUCGCGGGAGCGUCGACAGCAGCAGCUCCUUCAGCACCAGCAAGGCCUUGAAGAAAAAAGAGACCCCGCUCUCCCCUGCAACACCUUUUCUCAUCCAUCCUGUCCAUCAUCACUGGCGCCAGGGGCAGCUGGACGAGGAGGAGGAGGAGGAGGGGGGGGAGGACAGGAGUCUGAGGAGCUGCCUGAAGUGGACCAGCAAGUCAGGCAGCAACAUAUGUUCAGUGGAACAAACCUUAGUCUGCCAGAAGGUGAGAGCAUUGGGACUGCCAGCUGUGAGUCUUAUGCAAGUGGACAGAGCCAGGCGUACUCGCAACAAGGGGAGUCCUACACAAACUCCCAGAAUAUUCUCCCACCGGCGCCUUCUACUACUGGCGCAUUGACUCAUCCUCAAAUGCUCCCAAUUGGUGAGAGUGGUCCAAGUGUGCCCAUUGGUCAGAGCGUUAGUAUGUCCAGCAUGUCCGUAGGCCAAAGCGGAGGGGGACCUGUUGCUCAGACAUGUCUUCAGCCCAAUACCAUGGUUCCACAGGUAUCACUAAGUGUCCCUCAACACAUUUUUCAGUCCCAAACGUUCCCGUCAGAUACAUUUCAAACUGCCACCCCCCAUGGGUCAUUGGCCCCCUCACAUUCAUACAUACCUCCUGUUUCCCCACAAGCGCCCACUAAUGUCCUCACUACAUCCAUAUCAGUCAAUGAUCCUGCUGGACUAGGGGGGGCAAAUGUGCCUCUCGCUCAGCAGACCCAACCACCCGCCCCUCCCAUGCGGCUCAGUGACAUCAUUCCCCAGGCAGCCCCCCAGCAAACACAGCCGCUCAUGAUCCCCCAGCGGACUAUUGUCCAUCAACAACAGAUAGGGAUGGAUCCCCAGACCACCGGCCUUCAGCAGCAGCCGCAACAGCAAAUGGAGGCCCAGGCCACUCUGCCCAAACAACAAGUUAUUGCGAGUCAGCCUCCGACGGAACAUCACCCACAGAGCCUUUCAGCUACAGCGGUCCAGCACCAUCAACAUGAGCCUCAGCAGCAGAUCUACCUACCGCGGCAGGUUCCGCCUGUCCACACAAGUCUUCAGCAGCAGGUAUCACCUAUACACGCAGGGAUGGAGCAGCGAGCCAUGUCCAUGCCAAAGCAAGCGGAGCAGUCUCAGACCUACAAACAACAGCCAACCGGGGAUCCUCGUGAACAGAUCAUGAUACAACCGCAAGUUCAACAACAGAUUCAGCAAGCUCUGUUAAAACAGCAACAAGCUUUCCUGCUCGAGCAGCAUCAGACGUACGUUCAGCAACAACUGGAUCAGCAGCAACAGAAAGUACUGCUUCAACAGCAGCAGCAACAGGCCCAAUUACAACAACAACAGGAGCAGCAGCAAGCCCUUUUAAACAAGAAAUUAAUGGAUCAACAACAGCAGCAGGCUCUUAUCCAACAGCAACAAGAGAAGCAGCAGCAACAACAAGGUCUUCUACAACAACAGAAACCUCAACAAGACCUUUUACAGCAUCAGUUAGAGCAACAACAGCAGCCUUCUUCACAGCAAAAUCAGCAGAAUCAGAUAUAUCAACAAAUUGGACAGAACCACAGUGGAAUACAAGUGGAACCAGAGAAGCAACAGAAAAGUGGACAACAGCAGCAGCAAAUCGUGUUACAACAGCAACCCCAACAGCCUCAACAGCAAGCAGAACAAUUGCAUCAGCAAGCCUUGCUUCGACAAAGGGAACAACAACAGCAACAAGCACUAAUACAACAACAUCUUCAACAGCAAGCUAUUUUACAACAGCAUCAGCUACAACAGAAAGCUCAGCUACAGCAACAGCAACAUGAGCAGCAACAAGUGCAACUCAAACAGCAGAUAGAGCAGCAACAGCAUGCUCUGUUGCAACAACAGUUUGAGCAACAGCGUCAGCAACAAGUGCUGUUACAACAACAGCAAGCAGAGAGAUUACAGCAACAGGCUCUCAUACAGCAACAGAUUCAAGAGCAGCAGCAACAGGCCGCCAUUGCGCAACUUCAGCAAACUGAGAAGCAAGAGCCUGUCCCUAUUCGACAAAGUAACAGUAAGCAGCAGAUUCCGCAGCAACCGACUGAUGUACAGCACAUCCCAAAACUAAACGCCACUCAGUUUGCACCUCACGCCGCUCUCACACAGCAGCAAGUGAUGGAGCAGCAGCAGCAAGCAGCGUUGAUCCAGCAGCAAGCAUUUGUUGCGCCGCCGCUGCAUCACACCGCCGUGAUGGAACCUCAUAUGCAGGCCAGCACUGAGGUGAGUCCACACCAAACUCAAAUACCCUCGCAGGCCCCGGUCCCCAUGGCAAUUCAGACGACGCACAUCCCUCUUCAGGCAGCUGCGGUGGUCCCAGCUCAGGUCCUUACCCAGCAAGGACAAAGUGAAGCUCAUCCCCAGGACCAGGUCCCACUCCAGUUUAUUGCCCAGUCCACAGUCCAAGCAGCUCAGGCUAUGAUUGAGGCUCAAGGAUCUCCUCCUACGGCAGUGAUCCAGCAACAUACCCGCGUUAUCCAGACCCAGCAAAUUCCUCCACAGACCAGUUACCCGGGACCUGCCAUAGUCACGCAGAGACAGGUAACCGCUCAGCCGUUAAUCCCGACUCGGCCUCCAGACCUGACGACCGGCCAGUCCCAGCCUCCACACUGCCAGCAAAACCAAGCGACGGUCCAGCCUCCAGCUGCCAUUACUCCAAUUCCCAGUAAGGUCCAGUAUGAAACUCUUGUUCAUGCUCAAAUACCAGGCCCCUUGCAGCUGCAGCUCCAGCAACAGACUCAAGGGCAUCCACCUAGUCAGAUGCAGGCUCAGGCUAACUCUGGCCCUUUGACCCCUCAGUUUAUCUCUCAGCCUACGCACCAAGCCAUGCCAUCUACACAACAGGAUGCAACUCAUUUUACUCAACAGCAGCAGCCACAAGAGCAACUUCUGCAGUCUCAUCUGGGGAUUCUGUCUUCUGGGUCGGCUGGAAGCAUUGGAACAACAUCGACGGAUUGUCUGAAUUCAGUGGGGGGCCCGGGAAACUAUGUUGCCAUUCCUCAUCCUUUGUCGCAAGCUGGACAAGCUUAUGUUCAAGGCCAAACAAUACUGCAUCCAGUUGUUCAGGCCCAGCAGCAGCUCCCAGGAGGCACUGCUGAGCCAUCGGCCACUCAAUCCAUCGCGCUGCCUCCGAUGCCUCAGUCUGCCGUGCAAUACCAACAGCAGAAGCCACUCGCUCCACCUCUUGCACAGGCCCAGUUAGCGGCACAGCCCAUCCAAACUCCCAUCCACCAACCUCCUCCUAUGCAGCAGCCUCCGAUCGCCUUUGACGAGGUUCAGCUGCUCUCACAGUGCCCACCCGCCUUCCAUCUGAAGACUAAUCGCCCUGCUCAGAUCGCAGGUGCGUCUUCAUCUCUGCAGCACCAAGCCAAGCAGAUGCUGCCUGCUCACACACACUCCCAAACCAGCAUUCAGGAGCCAUCAAACCCGCAAACACAGAAAGACAUUCAGACACACACCGAGGCACCUGUUGCCGAGCAGCCUGUUCUACCCCUCGCUGUCUCUUUUGCACAACAAAUACCCAUCAGCCCGUCACAUAACUCAUGUCCCCCGACAUCCCUAGCAUUUCUCCCAUUCCCUUCAUCCCACCAUCCCAACGCUUCUCCUGCGCCAGAGCUGCCUACUUCUCCUCCAGCGGCCCAGGUCACCUUACCAGGGCAGGCCGCCUAUAUACCCGCCUCCCCUCCACCUGUCACUGCUCCACAACCGCUUGACCCUAACGCCCCCAAACUGCCCCAAGCCUCGCUGCAAGACUGUGACCUUUCGCUGCUGGGCAUUGCUCAGGAUGGUCCGUACCUGUCAAGUACAGAACGCCAUUCUUCAUUAGGGUCUGUUCCAGCUAAUGUAGAAGAAACCUUUCAGCUCUUAGCCAACGGGAAGCUUGAGAAAUUAAAGUCUCAAAGGAGAGCUUCCUGUCAGAGGUCUGAGAAGGUUUCCCAUCAGUUUCAACUGACCAUGCUCGAGGUGUCGGGCAGUGGGGACAAUAUGGUGGAAUGCCAGUUGGAAACCCACACCAACAAGAUGGUGACAUUUAAGUUUGACAUCGAAGGGGAUGCACCAGAGGACAUAGCUGACUACAUGGUGGAGGAGGACUUUGUCCUUGAUGUAGAGAAGGAGAAAUUUGUUGAAGAGCUUAGAGCCAUAGUUAAGCAAGCUCACGAAAUUCUUCAAACACAUUCGCAGACUGGAUCAACCGACCAGUUGCAUGUGAGCACUCCCACUAGCUCUUCAGUGGACUCAGCGACCCAUUCUUCUCCAGUGGGACGCUGGCGCUUCUUUAUUAACCAGACCAUCCGACAUAGAGACUCUCUGUCAGGUCAGGGAGCCGGCACACCACCACCCUGUGUGGAGAUGAGAAUACCCGGCUCUCCUAAAACAGAGAGAGAAAGUGAAGGAUCCCAGAGUCUGGAGUCCCCGACGAAAAUGGUCUUUAACCCAUGUCCCACCCUUUCUGCCACAUCCCCUCCAAUCUCCAUUGUCUCAGCCCCUAAUUCCAUGGUCCCCUCAGACACUGCUGCCCUAUGUCCUCAAAACACUAUCUCUGAAAGCAUGUCUGCACCAGCCUCCACCCUCAAGGCCUCCGUCCCUGCCCCUGCUUCAAGUGGUCUUGAACUGCCAGUCCUCCCCUCAGCUUCGCUUGACCAAAAUCACACUGUCCCCUCAUCAAUAGCAAUACCCGAUGCCACUAACUGCCCCACUUUGUCUACCUUGUCCACUGCUCCUAUUGUUGUGUUUCCUACACCCACCACCAUUAUCCCUGAUGUCCUCCCUCCUCACGGAAGCAGUAGUUGCUCCACUCUAGGUCAAGGUGUAGGGGGUACAGUAAUAACUGCUCCAAGGUCCUUUGUGCCUGCAACGGGCCAGUCGCCAUCCUCCUUUCAUCCCACUCCUCCUGCUUCUGCAGCGCCUCCUAUUCAGCUGCAGCAGGAACGGGCCCCGCAACAGUCUCUCCAGCAUGUGCAACAUCAGCAACUGCAAAUGCCACUCCAACAACAGAUGUCUGAGAUGCAGGCGUUGCUUCAGACAGGUCGUGCAGAAUUUUCACAACAGUCGGCGCCUCUUCAACAGUUUCUGCCGCCGAUGUCCCUGCAGCAGCCCCAGCAGCAGACAGCACAGUAUUCCCCGCAGGUGAUACCGCAGCCUCCGCAGCAGGUUUUGGCACCCCAAGCUGCCGUUGUUCCUCGGCGGCAAGCCCACAUUGAUCACCAGCAGCAGCAACAGUUACAUUUGCAACAGACUAUACACUUACAGCAGCAGCAGCAGAUAUUUAUGGGUUUAACCACAGAUCAAAGCCAAAUGCUGCCGGUUAGCCAACCAUUUCUUCAAGAACAGGCCCAGCUAAGUGGUAACUCUAUAGCACAACCCCAGAUUCCACAACAAACCCAGAUCCCUGCCGAGCUGGUGCAUCAGCAUGUACAAUCACUGCAACACACAGAGCAGCAACAAGAGAUGGUGAAAGGGACGGACACGCCCCAGAAAGCGCCGCAGUUUCUGCAGCAGAAGCAGUCCUCUUUACAGAUAUCUGAGUCUGAGGUGUCCACAGGAGAGACAAGUUUCACAGAGGACACUUGCAGCCACUCCACCUCCCUUCACCCUUCCUCUGACUCCUCUCUGCCACCUCUCCAUCUGGGCACCUUUGAAGCCCCCGUACCCACUCUCUCCCUCGCCAUGACACCAUCCCCUGCUCAGCCGUCCUCUGUGGCCGAGUCAGACAGCGAAGGCCCCCCAAAAAUUGAAUUUGUGGAUAAGCGCAUCAAGACUCUGGAUGAGAAGCUGAGGAACUUGUUGUAUCAGGAGUACAGCAGCGGGGCUGGCCUGUCCGCCUGUGGCCCCACAUCUGCCACCUCCACAUCAGCAGGAGGAGACGAGUCAUAUGAGUCGCUCCGACACUUCUCUUUCCCCCUUCCUCCCUCCUCCUCAGAUACUUCCCCUCAGUCAUCCUCCUCUUCCUCCCCCACUACCUCCCGCUCCUCCUCUACCUCCCCUGACCCAGAGAGAGAUGGCGCAGGGAGGGAAGCUUCCUCAGAGUUACCCAACUUUGCGGAGGUGGAGGAACAGCCUUGCCCAUCUCCCCCCUCCAACUCUGCCUCGUCCACCCUGCCUGCCUCUCUCCUGACUCCCAAUCACGAAGAAUUUGGUCGCCCCCAGCGUCCACCAGUACCAGGAGAACCAACUAUUCUUGCUGUACCCCCACACUCUGACACCAGUGCCACUGGAGACGCAACGUGGCCCCCCAAUCAGCACCCAAUCCCCCUCCGGCAUGGACACCAGAAGCACAAUGCAGGAGGUGGAUAUUUUGGCCUAAACCUGACAUGUCCUAGUAUCAGAAAUCCUGUUAGCAAGAAAUCCUGGACUCGCAAAUUCAAAAACUGGGCAUGCAAACUGCGCCACUCCGCCAGCUUGUUCAAGAAGCCCAGAGUCCAGAAAGAAGGAAGUUCCAGCACACUUAAAGAGGAGAUGGAGGCACCACCGCCAAAUCCGCCUCAUUCACGCCAAGGACGAUUUCAGGUGACUCCAGUGCCCCAGUCCUCUCCCCCGAAGGCUGCGCCAUCAGGCCCCGGAAGCACUCACAGGAAAGUGGGCCGCUUCUCUGUGACCCAGGCUGAGACCAUGAAGGAGGACAGGCAGACCAAGAGCUCCCCGCUUUCUCCCGAGUUGGUGAGGGAGAGGAGGAGAUCUAGAGCAAAGGACGGAGAGAAUGAAGAGAGUAAGAGGACCCCGGCAUUGGCUCACCUGCCUCGAGGUCAUGGACACAGCCACUCACCCCUGGACAGCAGCGACGAUGAGGAUGAUGAGUGUGAGCUGGAGGAUGAAGACCUGAGAAACGAACUUCACAAGCUCAGAGAGAAGCACAUCAAAGAGGUGGUAUCCCUUCAGUCCCAGCAGAACAGUGAGCUGCAGGAGCUCUACAGACAGCUUCGUUCCCUCAAAGAUCAACGGCAGAGUCUGCCCGUCUCUCUGUCCCGAUCAACUCCUCUUCCCACAGGACCUCCGGUCCUCUCUCCCCGAAGGCCCAGGCAGGCCAAAACCAGAUCCCGGCCCCGGCCCCACUCUUACAUGGAUAACAACGGAGUUGCCCACACAGGGAUUCAGCAGUUGAGUUUCCCAGAGCACUGCCCCUCACUGCCUGCUAAAAGAGGUCACCGUCCUCUUCAACAAAGCCCAUUUACAGAUGAACUGCACAAACUCGUUGAUAAUUGGACGAAGGAAACUGUACCACCCAAGCCUUCGCUGAAUCAAAUAAAGCAGAUUCAGCAGUUGCAGGAGUUGGGAGGCUGGACUCAACAGGCUGAGGUGGCUCCAUCAGGUUGGUUUCCAGGGACACCACUGAACCCCCAGGCUGCCCCGACCACUGCAUGCUUGCCUGUGGCAGCCCCUUCCCAAUACACAGGCGAAGGAAGCUUGUCCACCCUGCACUCUCUGGGAUCCCCACUGCAAAAGCACAUGGCUCAAGUUCCACAGACGCAGCAAAGUUUACACCUCCAACAGUCCAUCCCCCUCCAGCAGCUGACCUAUCAGCAGUCCCCACUCAGCCAGCAGAAACCACAGCAGUCCCAGUCCCUGUCACAGACACAACCCAUCAGCCAACCGCCCCAUUCACCACCUCAAGGCCAACCGCUGCUGCCUUCUCCAAUGCCCACAUCCCCGGUGUCCAUGGUCGCGCCUCGGCUGGCUGGCACAGCUGCACCUAAAGAUGGCACCGCUGCUACUGGGGGGGCAUUUUGUUCCUGUUCCUCAACCUCUUCAACCUCUUCCUCCUCUUGCUCUACUGCUGCUCUACCUUCUAGUGCCAAAAUUCACUCAACAACUCCCAACUCUACUCUUUCCCUUGGACAGAAGUAAAACCAAGGUGGAGAGGGAGGUCAAUAUGAAGGUGCACGAGAUGGAGACACUGAGUGGAUCUGGAUGGAAAGCAGAUCCCUUUGGAGUGCUUGUUCUGCAUCUGCGUGUGAGAGUUGACACUGCAAUAAAAAUAUAUGGAUUCCAGUGUACGUUUGGAUGCGAUACGGAGUGAAUUGGAAACAUGAUCGGUUUUAGUAUGUACAGAAAGAGCGGUCAAAUGCAACACAGUGGGUGGGGUUUAUGAAUCAUGAUAUGUUUGGGUGUUGAGAUGUACAAAUUCUUAUAUGUGUGUGUGUGUGUGUGUGUUUAUGAGUGUGGGUGUUUAUGGAGUAUCCGAGUACAUAUCGCUUAUGUACUUUCACGAAAAUGAACAUUCAUGUUUUUGAAUUCAAACCUUCUCAGUUAGACCUGAAUUCCCCAUUAGUAGACACAUACAUUACUUAAUAUUUGAAUUUGUGUUAAAUUUGUUAAUGCUUUCAGUCAGACUAUCAAUUUGAGAAGUGCAAUUAGUAAUGGCCAUCUAAAUAAUCAAUAUGUUGUAUGAAUUUGUCUGUCACGUCUAAAAUAUUUUUGUAGAAGCAGAUUGAUGAGAACCAGACCCCAAGAACGAUCUUCUCAUAACCAUUGCAUAAAACUGAAACCCUACAGCACACGACAUUUAAUGGGCAAUGGAAAAAAUAACCACAGCUUGUUAGUAGAGAAAGGUAAAGUUAUCUAGCAGCAUUAACCACAAUCAAACAAACUGUUGCAGUUCUGUUCACUGGUACAGAAUAUGCUUAAUUUCAAUUAUUUUAUGUUUCACAUUAACAGUAACAUGCUGAGUGAUGCGAUAUACGUUUUUUUUAAAGAAUGAUAUAAUGGUAAAUUCAAAUAUGCCGUGUACACUCAAACCAAGACUGCAUGACCUUCUGACUAACUUGACUUGCCAGGCGGCAAUCUGCUUGCACCUGUUCCAUAUUCAGGAAACUCACAUCUACUAUCUGCAAGAUAAUUCAUCAGUCAUUAGCAAAUUUGCUUUAGGUUCAUUUGACAUUUUGUUGUUUCAGUAAUUGCUUUGCAAUUAAAAAUAUAUCACAGUGUCAUUCUAAGGAAGGAAAAUGUCUGAGGAGUUCACAUGAGUUGUACCCAUUUUGCCUUUUCAAAUGAUGGCAUUUUUUGUAGGUGUAUAUUCUUUCUGUGUGACAAAGCCUUGUGAUAGUCAAAUGCUAUCUUGCAUGAUAAAUUGAAUCCUAUUUUCUUUCAUUCAGUACGGCUUCUUAAAUAUCGCCGUAUACCUGCCCUAAAAUGAUUACCCUUCAUAUGUUUCGGCCUUGUUUCCUGAAGACACUCAAGUGAUAUUUUAGCCACCAUGUGUGGACUCGUCCAACAAGGUUGUCAGAUCCUCACUUGCCUUUUAGCCAACUUUGUUUGACACUGGACAAAUUUCUUGUUUCAAUCGUUAACUAUUUAGUCUUUGACCAUAGGCUGCCAGUGUGAGUGCAUAACUGUGGGCCACAAUUGUUCUUUAUGCACACUGCAAAAGGUCUACUCAAGUCGGAAAUAACCAAUUCCCCUAUUUCUACUUAUUGUACAUUUUGUGGCGCUAUCAGUGCAAUUAGCCAAACACACAUGUGGUCAACAACAGUCAGGUGUUUGAUAAUAUACUUUUUGGCAUAACAAGUAGCUUGUAGUCUAAGCAGCAUUUGUGUACUAAUAGCGAGACUAUGUGCGACUGAAAACUGCAGAUUGUUCUGGUUGUUAAAGACUACUAGAUGUAAUUUCAAGACAUUUAAAUUAUGAAUGGUUAUGAGGAGGAGUUUCUGCUAAAUGGUAAGGUUUUUAAAAAAUGGCACAAUCUAGAAAAACAUUUAUUUUCUACAUAAUUUUCAAGACAAACCUCAUUGUUACAGAGAUGUAGUUCAUUACUAGUAAAGGUGAUACUCUGUACUGUCAUGUCUGAUACUAACAUGUUGACUGCAAGCUUCAGCUUAAUGAUCAUGAUUCAUGACGAGGAGCUGGCCUUGUCCUUGAAGUGUUACCAAAAUGUUAUCUAAAAGAUUAUUUUUGUAUUUUGAAAAGGGGUUGUACAAAUUGUAAAAAUGUGUUCUCAUUAUUAUAACAUUAUUUGAAAGUAGAAAACACUGGUUUUCAUCUGUGUUUACAUGGGACCUCCCCAACUUAAUAUACCUCCCUGUCCUGACAGGACAGGGGGACAUAAAAACAUUGAGACCUUUAGGUAAUGUUUGACCUCUUAUUCCAAUUUUGAACCGUGACAACCUAAACGAUACAAAGCAUCCAUACUAAAUACUUUGUAUUAGGUUGCAGGUUGGAUUUAAUGCACUCACAAAUCUGGGGGGUCCUACAGUGACAUGAAUGAGAACCAAUUAUAAAAGGACAUUUGGGCAGAGUAACUUCUAAAAUUAAAAUAUGUUGCUGGUGAUAUAGCAUUUGUAAAUUGCAACUAAUUCAAUUGUUGAUUUUAUUUAUGUUUUUUAACUAAUCAAAAUAAAUGACUUAAAACAUCAAAGAUUUUUUUUUAAAUAUAUUUACCAUGGCAAAACCUUGUGGCAAUGACUUCAUCUGGAGGUUUGAGGUUCAGUUAAGUUUACGUAACAAAAUUCCAAAUACACUAGUAAAUAUACAAGCGUAUAAUACAUUUCUUGGAAUAAAAACGUAAUAAUAAAGUCCA